CUGUCAACCGUCGUCAACAUUACUUUCUACUUUCUUGGUCUUUUCUUUGUUGCUGUACUUUUCAGAAUUUUCAGACAUUUAACUCAGGACUUUGAAGACUACAGCAGAGGUUAUACUGUUGUCAUAUUGAUUAUUAGAAGUACUUUUUUUCUAGCGUUUGUGUGUGUGUUUUUUGUGAUUCAGAGCAAGCAAUCUAGCUAAUAACGUGAUUAGCUAGUAUUGGCAUCCUUUUACGUUAAAGUUAGCUACGUGCUGCUGAAUUUGACAAUUUAUUUUUACCGCUAUAUAGCGAAACACACAUUGACCAGUCGGAUUUGAUUAUAUUUUAUUGUGUUUUGAGGUAACGUCACGAUGCUAGCCACUUCCGUUUCACGGCAGUUUCUUGGUAGACAGUGAUGUUAAGACUGACUGGUCUUUUCAGAGCAGUAACGUUACGCAGAGCCGUCUGCAGCGCCGCCGACGACAUGGCGAAGGGCAAGUUCUUCUACGCUGUCAAGAAAGGCUUCAAACCUGGGGUGUACAGUUCAUGGGAUGAAUGCAAGAGCCAGGUGGACAAAUUUCCAGCCGCCUCUUUCAAGAAGUUUGCAUCAGAGAAAGAUGCCUGGGCGUUCUUCAGAGGAGUCGAUCCUUCUGCAGUACCAGAAGUGAAUAAAGUGGCUCAGCGUGUGGAGUCGGCCGUCGUUCUGCUUCCUAAAAGAGGCCCGGAGCCUCUGGAGUACAUCCCUCUCGGUAAGAAGAGAUGUCACUCAGACGAGGACGUGGAGUCCCCUCCCAAACGAGUCAAACAGUCAGAAAGCUCGUCUUCAGAAAGCACAGACGGAUUCACAUACAUGGGUGAUGCUGUGGUCGUUUACACGGACGGUUGCUGCUCCAACAACGGACAGAAAGGCGCCCGAGCAGGAAUCGGAGUGUACUGGGGUCACAACCACCCACUAAAUGUCGCAGAGCGGCUGCACGGAAGACAAACCAACCAGCGUGCAGAAAUACAGGCAGCCUGCAGAGCGCUGGAACUAGCCAAAGAGAACGACAUAAAGAAGCUGGUUCUCUACACCGACAGCAAGUUCACAAUCAACGGUGUGACCAGCUGGGUGAAGAACUGGAAGCUCAACGGCUGGCGGCUGAAAUCCGGAGGCGAGAUCACAAACAAAGACGACUUUGUGAAGCUGGACCGACUGAACGCAGAGCUGGAGGUGGUCUGGAUGCAUAUUCCAGGUCACGCCGGCUACAGAGGCAACGAGGAGGCCGACAGACUGUCGAGAGAAGGAGCAGUGAAGCCUCUAUAGCAGCGGCGGCAGCAUGCAGACAGAGAUGGUUACAGUUGGAGAGAUCUGCUGCAGGACUGGUCAUGUGUUCUCUGCUUUGAUACAGAGGGUUGUUUGUGGCUGAACUGACACUGGAAGAGGGAAGUCUGAGCUUUUUUUUCUGUUUAAAUGUUCAUUUUAAUUAUGUGUUUUAGCUCUGAAUAAAGUUUCCGCUACAACCGGC